AUGUCACGGUGCUUACCGUUUCCCCCGCCGGGGUACGUGCGGAAUGGAGUGAGUGGGGAGGCUCUUUUGGAGCAGAUUAAGGUUCAAAGAGAAAGAGUGAUGGCUGAAAGGGAAAAGAAGAAGGAGAAAUGGAUGAGCAAGAAAGAGAAGAGGAAAGAAAGGGAGCAAGGAGAGAUUUGCGACCAAAAACCAGGUCAUCAUGAAAGGCAUAAGCGUUUGAGGAGCAAUGAAGGUGGAGGAAGAAGUGAAAAUCAAGAUAAAACUGAAUAUGGAACCCAGGAGAUGGGGUCGAGCGGCCUCACUGAAGAGCUUAAGCAGCCUAUUUCUGACAGCUUUUAUGAGUCUUCAGACAACAGCCAAAGCAUUCAUAAGAAAAGAAACAGCGGAUCCCGCAAUGAAUGUGGAAAUAUUGUUCAGAUUGAUGUCCAGCUGCAAAAGCACAAGACUCCUGAAGCCCUAUCCCGCAAACCAGACUGCUCUACCAUAAUGAUGGAUUCUGUAGUGCAGAAUAAGCUUGAAUUACCUGUUGAGGAGCACUUUUCUUCGGCCUCUGGUGUGCCAGCUACUGAUGUCCAAGAGUUUGUUCCACCACCUCUAAGAGAGCUCUCACAUUCCACUCAGACAGCUAGGAUCUAUAAGGAUGAGAAAUCCAAAAUGACUCUGAAAGAAAAAUUCAGAGAGUUGGAGGAGAAGAAGUGGCUUCUCCGUCCCCUGCAGAUUGAGCAAUUUGAUGUUGGUGAUCAAGAGGGGCUCUUGGGGAGGAAGCCACCCAGAGGCGACAUUUGCGAGACAUCCAAUGCUAGCAGUGUUGUCCUGUAUCAUGGUUACUCUACUGCAUGUCCCUAUGAUCAGCAUUUACUCCACUCACUUUUAAUGCUGGAUUCUGGAGUCCAAAAGAAGCUUGAAUUGGAUCCUACACCUGUCCAAGAGCAACUUUCAUCUGAUUGUGUGCCUGCUACUGAUGAGAAGUGUGAAAUGGCUCCAACAUCCAGCUGCUCUGAAAUUAGCUUGCUGCAGAUAGAAUCACAAUUCAGAGAGUUAGUCGCGAACUGGCUUCCCCCUUCCUUGCAGUCUGAGCACUUCGACAUUGGAGACCAAGACUGGCUCUUCGAGACGAAGCAACCCAGGAGCGACAUAAGAGACGCAUCUAAAGCUAGUUAUGAUGUUUUACAUCAAGGAGACUUCACUCGGUAUCCACGUGCCCAAUACUUGCCCCAGGCUAACAUACAUGCCUUGCCAUAUGCAGUACCAUACUAAAACUGUUAAGAGGAAAACGACUGUGGUGUAAGAUUUUUUUUUAAUCUAUUGGUUGUCGUCUGCCCUUUUUUGUCUAUAAACAGUUUGAGAAUAGACAUACAUGGUCAUGUAUCAGCCGCGGCUGUGCCGUCAUGUUACCAAGUACUGAAUGACUUACUAGAAGAUUUGAAGAAACUGGCUCAGCUUAGUAUACUCUAGUGCCUUUAUUUUUAGAAAAGAAAAAAACGUGUUCAAACGCCUGCAGCACUCUAGAUGAUUAUACAAUCCAAAUUUUACAUUUCUAGCUUUGAUGUUCUCGUUAUAAGGAGUAAGGAGUUAUCCUCUUAAGCUGAAAAAUCAUGACAAAUUAUUCUAAUGCACCUCCACCAGCCUGUUUAGCUGGAUGUCCAUGUCAAGUUCACGUGCUCUUGUAGUAAUUUGAUUCAACAAGUUUGUCUUCCAUUCAUGCAACGAACCACCUCAGCCGCAAGUACUUAACCAUCAUAGGUUCCCUGUGGUCACUAUGUACGUUAACGGUGGUGGCGUUAGGGAACGGAUAAUAAAGUUAGACUAAUUGGCUCCCAUUUACAGCACGACAGAAUGUCAUCAGUAUAGCGACGCAUCGUCAACAUAUAUACCCUCCAAUGAGAGAGCUCAGAAGCUUGUGGGAUUACAUGCUUGUGGUAGGAUUGUGGGUAACGGAGCCAUUGUCUAUUUCUAGCUUGAUAAAUGGAUUCCAGAGAA